AUGGCCAAGCAAACACCGAUGGUGGUGUUCGCGCUGUUCGUCAUCAGCAAGUCUGGCGGUCUCAUCUACAAUCGCGAGUUCCACGCGGGCAUGAGCAAGCUCACCAGCAAUGACUAUCUCAUGCUCGCUGGAUCUUUUCAUGGAAUGCACGCCAUCACAGCGCAGCUCUCUCCAGUCCCACCCGUCCGCGCGCCGCCUCCCUCUACCACCACACCGAAUCUCCAGACCUUCCCUGUCCGCGCAACCGGUAUCGAGGUCCUCGAAAGCUCACACUUCCGCAUCCAAUGUUUCCAAACACAGACCGGUGUCAAGUUCUUGCUCUUCACUGAGCCCCAGCAACCGAAUGUCGAUACUAUGAUGAAGAGGAUAUAUGAAUUGUAUGCGGAUUACGUCAUGAAGAAUCCGUUCUAUACCGUUGAGAUGCCGAUUCGGUGCGAGAAGUUCGAUCGGGGGCUGGAUAGCUUUGUCAAAGUCAGAGGGGGUUGA